AUGACCAAGACCAGGAAGGCUUCUGCUGCCAAAGCUUCUGCUCUGGUUACUCUUGACGUGGACGAAGAUGCUAACAUGUCUCAAUCGGAUAAGUUCCAGAAACGUUGGGAUAUCAUGUUUGCCAAACUGGAAUCCUAUUCCAAAAAAUUUGGAGAUUGCCUGGUUCCCGUCCGCUGGAAGCAAGAUCCCUCACUUGGCAAAUGGGUAUCUCGGCAGCGUGACGGCCACAAUGCCAAGUUUUUGACGGAGGAACGCAAGGCCCGACUCAAUGCCAUUGGCUUUGUAUGGAGAUGCAAGGACUAUAACAAUCUCUAUCCUCAAUCCAAGGGCGAAAAGGCGCAGUUCAAGAGGCCCCAGGUUGUCCCUGUUGUUGCCACCACUACCACCAAGACUCGCAACACGCGGGCAUGUGCUGUCAAAAAGGACGGUGCUCGGACGGCUACCGCGGCCGUGGCCAAGAACAGACCUACCAAAAAGAAGAUUCCUGUCGCCAAGAAAAGGACUGUCACAAAGGCACCCAAACCAACCACCCGAGCCGCCAAGGUUUGCCCGAUCAGACCAGCCCCAGACAACAGCAAGAAUGCCAAAAAGAAGGCGCCCACGAAAGCAUCCACGCGCAGUGGCCCACAGCAAACAUUUCCAAAUAAUAAUUAUCAACGUGUGGUUCCGGCGGACCAGGGUGAAUGGGUCCAUCAGUAUGAAAAGUUGGUCCACUACAAGAGUCGCCAUGGACACACCCGCUUCCCUCGACCUUACACGGCCGAUCCACUCUUGGGGGCAUGG